AUGAAAGAACCUAACCUCACUGCGGAGAUUCAGUUCACUCUCCUGGGGUUUUCUGAAGUUCUGGGGCUCCAGUUUCUCUUUUUCAUGUUCUUCCUGGUCAUUUACAUGUUGACACUUCUUGGCAACUUCCUCAUACUCCUCACUGUCCUUUUUAGCCCUCAACUCCAUUCUCCCAUGUACUAUUUCCUUUGUGAGCUGUCCCUCUUGGACAUGUUGUAUUCCAGCGCCACUGUGCCCAAGAUGCUGACGGACUUCCUCACUGGCUUGAAAGUCAUUUCCUAUAAGGGCUGUGUAGCUCAGCUCUACGCCUUUCACUUCUUUGGAGGCACUGAGUGCUUCCUGCUAACCAUCAUGGCCUACGAUCGCUACGUGGCCAUAUGCGACCCCCUCCAUUAUGCUGGGAUCAUGAACAAAAUGGCUUGCACCAAGCUGGUGGCUGGGACAUGUCUGGUGGGCACACUCCAUUCUAUUCUUCAAACCGUGCUCACAUUCCACCUCCCUUACUGUGGCCCUUACCAACUUGACCACUAUUUCUGUGACGUUCCACCUUUGCUGAAAGUGGCCUGUGCAGAAACCACUCUCAACGAAACCAUCGUCAUGGUGAACAUCGGCCUUGUGGCUUUGAGCAGUUUAACGUUGAUCCUGGGCUCUUACAUCCGCAUCAUCAACACCAUUCUCAAGAUGCGCUCUGAAGAAGGGAAGAAGAAGGCUUUCUCCACUUGUGCUUCUCACCUCACUGUGGUCAUCCUCCUCUACGGCCCUUGCAUACUGAUUUACAUGCAGCCAACCACCAGCCACCCAAUCUUGAAAGGCGUGUCGGUUUUUUAUACAUCCGUGACUCCUGCCUUGAACCCCAUCAUUUAUGCCUUGAGAAAUGAAGAGAUCAAGAAGGUUAUGAGGAAACUGUGGUCAUCUUUGCUGACCCUCCCUCGGAAAUUAGAUGGGCGGCAACCAAUGGGUCACCAUAAGUCAGCUGUGGUUUCCACCACCAGAUCAGUUGUUAGGAGACUGAACCUUCUCAAUGCUUCUCAGAUGGGUAACAUAGAUGUGCAGGAUACUGAUUGGGAUCAGGUUGGGGAGAGGCUGGGUUUGGUUUUACAUAGAUUCACCGAGCAGAACUGA